AUGCUCCGUGGCUCAGAGCAAACAGGGUAAAGCGCUGUAACGUGAGGAGGCGAGCCUGUGGAGCGACGCCCUGCUGAAGAAGUUGUAAAUGAUAGUGGAUUGGCCUCUUUUGCUGCCAAACGCGCCGGAGAUAUUCUACAAACAUCUCAUGCUGACGAUGAAAAUAUGGCAGCUGGAAGAACCAGGUCCUUCCGUCGUGUUGGGAGCCUCAUGCGGAGUAAAUCUGAGGGGACACUGAUUGAUCUGGGUGAUGGUGCCUCAACCAGUGACAACUUGAACAGUGGAUACGUUCCAGGAAUUACACCGAACUCAAACUGGCCACUCCUAAGCCCAGAAGUCUCACAUUCAUCUCAAACAAAAAAUCCCUUUUGGAACAAACUGUCCACAUCAAACCCUUUCUUAGAUGACAUUGUACACAACAGCACAGACAAACAUAUCUUUGACACGACGGAUGCAAAACAGGACAACAAAAAACACCCGGAUACAAAUAACGAUGAUGCCACCAGUACAUCUUCAGAUGAAGGCAAUGUGGGGGACUUUUUGGAAAAGAAAGUGGGCAACAGAUCUGGGAGGUGGAGAAGUGCUUCAGACAUCCUGGAAAAUCUAGAGAGAAAGGUGCCAAAACGAGAGAACAGCUUCCAACCACCCGGACCGGUGCUCAACCCGGAUUUUGAGUGGCUAAAGAAUGACAGAGAGGCCUAUAAGAUGGCCUGGCUGAGCCAUCGGCAGCUAACCCGCUCAUGUCUGGACUUAAAUCUGAUAAGCCAGAGUCCUGGGUGGGCUCAGACCCAGGCCACUAACUUUCAGGUUAUCCACAAGAUCGGACACAGUGGAGGCUCAUUGCAGAUACCGGAAUCCGAAAUUAGCAUCCAUAUCCCAGCAGGUCACGUUCCUCUGGGAGAAGUCCAGGAAGUUACACUGAAGGCGAUGCUGGACCCUCCUCCUGGACUCAACAACAACUACGUGACGACCAUGAGCCCUCUGAUUGAGGUAGUUCUGAGCAACAUCAACACAAAAGAGUGUUUGUCUCUGGAAGUGAAGCUGUCAGGACAGGUGAAGGAUGAACCUCUAAGCCAAGUGAUGACCACUGUGUUCGGACUCGUGUCGAACAAAAGAGAGGGACCUUACGUCAAAAUGAACAACUGUUACAUUUACAAGAACAUGAUGCAGAUGAAGCUUCAGCACCUCAAGACGCAUUUUUACAUGAUUGCUGUCGCGGAGGCCUCUGCCCUGCAGCCUCCUGCUACAUCAGUCUGGGAUUACCUUGACCGGCACAUCACUGUGGCAGUUUAUGGCCCCAGGUACAUCCAUCCAUCAUUCAAGGUUGUAAUAGUUGUCUGCUGUCAAGAGGACGUUCCACCAAAGCUUCCAUUUUCAGAUAUCUGCAGAGGCAACAAAAGCCUGCCUCCUCUUGUACUGCAGCUUUGGGGAAAACACAGAUUUAAACUAGACAAACUGAACGACUUGCAUGUUGGAGUCGGCAUCGCAGGCUCGAUGUUUAAAAUCCAACCUGAGGACAAACUGAAAGAAGUGAGGCAAAGCCAGCUCAAAAUAGGGACAGUGUUGCAUCUACCGGUUGCUUUGUCUUCUUCUGGUAACACAGAAAUGACUCCUUUUAAAUUAGAUAUACAUGUGAAGGAAUCAAACACUUCGACUGUUGCACAUUUCCAGGUGCCUUCCCCUCCUGCGGCGCCCAUCAGAUCAGAAAAGCGAGUGCCAAAGCAGAUAGAAAGGAAGAUUGAAAUGGCAAGAACAAUGCCCAUUCCUGAGGAAAGUGUUCCCGAUGCACCCAAUUUCAAAGACAGAGCUGUGAACCUGCAGUGGUAUGGUGUAGCCCUGAAGUCAGUCCUCCGUCAGCCACGAGUAGAAUACCUUCUGGAGUACUUCAAGGGUGACACAGUGGCUCUCCUUUCCAGAGAGACAGUCAGGUCAGUAGGUAACUCCAAAGUAAAGGAGUGGUAUAUCGGAUUCCUCAGAGGAAGGACAGGUUUGGUUCACUGUAAAAACGUCAAACUCAUCACCAGAGACCAGGUGAUUGACUUCACUGGCAUUAAGGUCACCACAGCGGUUCUUUUGGACAACAUGACGCUGCCUUUCAACAAGCUCACUUACAUGUACUCAGCCAUCCAGACUUUGGUCACCGAACACAUAACCAGCUGGAAAAGUUUUGCGGAUGCUUUAGGGUACAGAAACUUGUCUGUGGAUACAAUGACUCGGAGGUACGCUGAAACUGAGGCCGACAAGGUGGCCUGUGUUCUGGAAAAGCUGAAGGAGGACUGCCACACCGACAGGACCAGAAGAAAGUUCCUGCAUGAGCUCAUGGUGGGUUUGCUGAAGAUCGACUCCAAGAAUCUUGUAGCCCGCCUCAUUCAGAACACCGUCAUCCUCUCCACUGCGGUGGAGCUUGGAGUUCGAUGGCGAGAGCUUGCUGAGAAGAUGGGAAAACUCUCCAGUGCUCAGAUAGCCAGCUAUGAAGCGCCACAUCGAGGGAAGAAUGGCGAAAUCGGCCCUCAGUCAAUGUGGAAGCCAGCCUAUGACUUCCUCUACUCCUGGAGUCUGCGUUAUGGAGACAGUUACAGGGACAUGAUCCAGGAUCUGCACCUGAUCCUGGACAAAAUGAAAAACCCGGCCACCAGACAGUGGAGGCACCUGACCGGUGCGCUAAUCACAGUGAACUGCCUUGAUAUUUUCCAAGCUUCUGCUUACCCAAAACCUUAAACCCUUUGCUAAUGCACUUGAGCGAAUAACCCUCUGAACUCCAAACCAAUGAGUGGCUCUUUUGAAAAAUUGCCAAAAUUACACCAUUUAUCUGAGCCAGAAACUGUUGGAUUUUCAACUUUCUGAUGGCCGUUGAACUUAUCUGUGAUGGGACAUUCUGUAGGAAACUUUACAUUUAUGUUGUUUUAACAGAGGUACAGGACUUUAUAUUACAGGGGAAAAAAAGAGUCAACAAGUACAAAUGUGACAACCCCAAAACAGUUUGAGGUUCAGAGGGUUAGGAACAGCCUUUCUGCUUCUGGGGAAACAAAACGGCAAUCUUGGUUAGAGCAAUAAUGUCUAAAUGAACAUGCUACCCACCUUUCUCUGUUGUCUAGUCUACAUAAGCAUUAGAAGCAAUAUUUUUGGGGGAUUCAAUCAGUUACAUGCACUGUAUGUUCUCACAGUUAGUGAGGUGUGAAAGAAAGCUACGUCUUUAUAUCUGUGCAAAUGUGAUGUUGCCAUUUUUAUUUUGUUAGAUCAUUUUCAUUCACACGGUUAAGAGGUCACUUAUACUGAAGUUACAUCAGCUAUACUGUAGAGCUGCAAUUCAUUUUAAAAUAAUCUGCAACUAUUUUUUAUAGUGAUGAAUCACUUUGAAUAUUUUUUUUAGGGAAAAAAAAAAUCUAAAUUCCAUGAUUCCAGCUUCUUAAAUGUGAAUAUUUUGUAGUUUAUUUCCUUGUCUAUCAUGAUAAACUGAAUAUCUUUUGGGUUGUGGACCAAACAAGAUGUUUGUUAUUGUGAGUUUCAAUGUUUUCUGACAUUUUAUGAACCAAACUUGCAAAUUGAUUAUUCAAGAUAAUAAAUUACAGCUUUAUUGGCAAUAAAAUGAAUUUAUAUAUUAAUUAAUAAUUAUUAAUUGCAGUCCUGCUGUCCUGUGUCUGAAUAAUCUCAUCUGAUGCACAGACAUUUGUUUUAAACUUUUAUUCCACUGUCCUUUCACAGAAAGCUAAUAUUACACAACUCAGACUCUUCUUUAUUUUUUGAAUCAUUUUGCCCAUAGAUGUGCAUUUCUUUAAAAUCAUAGAUUUACAUACAUUGAUUUAUGUGUCUCAUUAAUUAUUUAAAAUAUUAGAUUUAAGAAAAAAAAAGAAUCGACAGCAUCGUUUUGGCUUCUGUGUACACUCGUGGUUUAUCAGUGUGAUUUUUUUUUUUUUUUAGAUACAGUUUUCUGUAACGUACUGUCAGCAACUACCUGAAGAGUCAGGACUCUGAUUAAUGUGAACAGUGUGCUUAAAAAUCUCAAGGGUUGCAGUACUGACAGUCCAUUUAUCUUUGUCAUUUGCUGAAGUUUGUGCGCUGAAAGUGAAAAUGUUCUACCAAAGUGAAAGUUUCCGGAUGCCAGUAAACAAACGAGAAAGAAGCUACUAUGAAGCACAUGUGUCAUAAACUGUUUUUAUUUGAAAUGUUAGUGCUAUUUUUAUACCGUAAUGUCAUGUUUUAGAGAUGCACAAAGUAGAUAUUUUAAUGAGGCCAGCACUGUAAUCAUAUAUUCACUGUUAUAAUAUUGUGAAAUGGAAGCCUCAGUGUUUGGAGUGGUGCCAUGUGCAGUGCCUUCAGUCACUGAAACCUCAGAUGAUUGAUAUAUUUGAUACUCUGUUUUAAAAGUGUUGCAGGAGAUAUGAAUAAAUAUAAACCGUGACACUA